AUGCUCCAGAGGCAGGUGCCCGCCUGGGUCUCCCACAACCUACUGGACCCAGGCCAAGCAGAAGAUGGCAGUCCUGUGGCCACUUGCGCCUCGGAGGAGACUCUGUUUCCAUGCCACCUGCUGACAGUGAGGGUUGUGCGUAUGAAAAACGUCCGACAGGCUGACAUAGUGAGCCAGCCAGACUGCUUUGUGAGCCUUUGGUUGCCCACUGCCUCUCAUGAGAGGCUGAGGACUCGGACCAUCUCCAACUGCCCAAACCCAGAGUGGAAUGAAACCUUCAACUUCCAGAUCCAGACCCAAGUGAAGAACGUGCUAGAGCUGAGCGUCUGCGAUGAAGACACAGUGACGCCAGAUGACCAUCUCUUGACGGUGCUCUAUGACCUCACCAAGCUCUGCUUCCGAAAGAAAACCUACAUGAAGUUCCCACUGAACCCCGAGGGCAUGGAAGAACUGGAGGUGGAGUUCCUGCUGGAGGAGAGUCCCUCUGCACCUGAGGCCCUCAUCACCAAUGGCGUGCUGGUGUCUCGACAAGUCUCCUGCCUGGAGGUUCAUGCAGAAUCCAGGAGGCACAAGAAACAUGGGAAAAUGAAGGAUCUCCUGGUGACGGUGAAGGAGUCUUUUGAGCACACCCAGCGCGUCUCGCACUGCCCAAACCCUGCCUGCUUCCACUACCCCAAGUAUUUCCAGCCCCAGAUGCACGUGGAGAUGCCCAAGCAGCAAUGGAGCUGUGGGCUUUGCUGCUGUGCGCACAAGAAUGACCCUGUCUGCCAGCCCCUCGAUUGCCUCCCUGAGGGCCAGGCAGUGACCUUGCCUGUGAAUGAGAACUGUGAAGUACAGAUGACGUCUACACCCUGUUCACAGCCCCUGGACGUGCGGCUAGGCUUCAGCCUGUGCCAGGCGGAGCUGGAGUUCCUGCAGAAGCGGAAGGUGGUGGUGGCCGAGGCUCUGAAGCAGGUGUUGCAGCUGGAGGAGGACCUGCAGGAGGACGAGGUACCACUGAUCGCCAUCAUGGCCACAGGGGGUGGAACAAGAUCCAUGACCGCCAUGUAUGGCCACCUGCUCGGACUGCAGAAGCUGAACAUCCUGGACUGUGCCAGCUAUAUCACUGGCCUAUCGGGGGCCACCUGGACCAUGGCUACCUUAUACAGUGACCCCGAGUGGUCUUCCAAAAACCUGGAACCUACCAUCUUUGAGGUUCGGAGGCAUGUGGUCAAGGACAAGAUGCCUGCCCUGUUCCCAGACCAGCUCUGCAAAUUCCAGGAAGAGCUCCAGCAGCGCAGCCAGGAAGGCUACAAGGUCACCUUUACAGACUUCUGGGGCCUGCUGAUCGAGGCCUGCCUGGGGGAUGAGAGAAACGAAUGCAAACUGUCCGAGCAACGUGCUGCUUUGUGCCGGGGCCAGAACCCCCUGCCCAUCUACCUCACCAUUAAUGUCAAGGAUGAUGUAAGCAACCAGGAUUUCAGAGAGUGGUGCGAAUUCUCCCCCUAUGAGGUGGGCCUGCAGAAGUACGGGGCCUACAUCCCCAGCGAGCUCUUCGGCUCCGAGUUCUUCAUGGGGCGGCUGAUGAAGAGGAUCCCGGAGUCGCGGAUAUGCUACAUGCUAGGUUUGUGGAGCAGCAUCUUUUCCCUGAACCUGCUUGAUGCCUGGAAUCUGAGCCACACCUCAGAGGAGUUUUUCCAUAGGUGGACAAGGGAGAGAGUGCAUGACAUUGAAGACGAGCCACUCCUGCCUGAGAUCCCCAAAUGUGAUGCCAACGCCCUGGACACCACAGUGGUGAUCCCAGCUUCCUGGCUGUCUAACACAUUCCGCACCAUCCUCACGCACCGGGCCUUUGUGUCUGAGUUCCACAACUUCCUGCUGGGGCUGCAGCUGCACACCGAGUACCUCCAGAGCAGCGAGUUCUCCAAGUGGAAAGACACGGUGCUGGACGGUUUCCCAAACCAGCUGACACAGUCUGUGAACCACUUGUGCCUGCUGGACACGGCGUUCUUCGUCAACUCCAGCUACCCGCCCCUCCUCAGACCCGAGAGGAAAGUCGACCUCAUCAUCCACCUCAAUUACUGCGCUGGGUCCCAGACAAAGCCCAUGAGACAAACCUGUGAGUACUGCACCGUGCAGAACAUCCCCUUCCCCGAAUACACUCUGCAAGACGAGGAGAAUAAUCUCAAGGAAUGCUACCUGAUGGAGAACUCCCAGGAGUCUGAUGCCCCUACUGUGCUUUUCUUCCCACUCAUCAAUGACACCUUUCAAAAAUACAAGGCCCCAGGUGUGGAGCGGAGCCCCGAGGAGAUGGAGCAGGGCCAGGUUGACAUUUAUGGCCCCAAAACUCCCUAUGCCACCAAGGAGCUGACGUACACAGAGGCUGCCUUCGACAAGCUGGUGAAACUCUCUGAGUAUAACAUCCUGAAUAACAAGGAUAAGCUCCUUCAGGCCUUGCGUCUGGUGGUGGAGAAGAAGAAACGCCUAAAGAGCCAGUGUCCCCCCUAAGUCCCAGGAAACUGGUGAUUCUGUGUCUGCUUCUGCCGUCAGAGGCACGGAGCCCUCAGGGCUGAGGCCUGCACAGCCAGCUCCACUCUCUCUGGCAAGAGGUGCAGGCGGGCUAACCUGGGCUUUCUACCAAAAAUUAAAUUUUUUUUGAAGUUCAGGGAGACAGAGAAAGACAAAAGAAAGU